UUUGGAUCAUCAUAAUAUCUUCAUUCUUCAUCUAUAUCAACUACACAAAAAUUCUUCACCAUGUUCACCUGUAUUUCAUGCCGUGUCGCAUUCGAGGCUGCCGAUGAGCAGCGCGCCCAUUUCUUGACAGACUGGCACCGCUACAACAUGAAGCGUAGGGUCGCAAACCUUCCUCCAGUCGCUGCGGCCUCUUUCAACGAAAAAGUCUUGGAGAGGAGGGAACAGAAUGCCGUCAGGACAGACCCUAGAAGUUUGGCCUGUGCCGCUUGCAACAAGCAAUUCUCAUCUGAAAACGCUUUCAGGACCCACGUUCAGUCCAAAAAGCAUCGAGACAGAGAAGCCGCUGCCGCAUCUGAUGAGCGGUUAGGUAAAAAGCCUGUUCCCGCCCCCGCCAAGGUUGAAAGCGAGGACGAUGAUGGAUCGGAGGAUGAGGCGAGCGAGAUGGAUGUUGACAGCGAGGACGACGAAGAGGGUGACUUUGAGCAGAAGAUGGCCAACCUCCGACGACGUAUAAAACCCGCAGACUGUCUUUUCUGUACCCGCCACUCCGAGACUGUCGAUGAAAACGUCGGUCACAUGUCUAGUAUCCACAGCUUCUUCAUCCCCGACAGAGAAAUCCUCAUUGACCUUGCCGGCCUCCUUUCAUACCUCGGUGAAAAGGUGGCUGUGGGUAAUCUUUGUAUCUUCUGCCCUAACGGCGGCAAGGAAUUCGGCAGUUUGGAAGCUGUGCGAAAACACAUGAUUGACAAGAACCACUGCAAGCUUGCGUAUGAGACGGACGAAGAUCGUGCAGAGUUGGCGGACUUCUACGAUUUCCAAGGUGACGAUGAUGAAGAAGACUGGGAGGACGAGGAUGGAGAAGAGGUCGGAUCAGAUGAAGAAGCUACGGACGCCUCUGACAGACCUCAAAGACCUAAAAAGGCUAGCGUCGCACUGGCCGCUGACGGUCUUUCCCUCGUCCUUCCGUCUGGCCGUACACUCGGCCAUCGUUCCCUUAAAGUCUACUAUGAUCAACGCUACCGUCCUUCGGACGACACUGACGUCGACCAAUCUGCCCUCAAAGUUGCCCUUGUUAGGAAAAAGCUUGCAGACCCUUCUCUUGCACUUGUACCCGUUGCUGGUGGACACGGCGCGUUUGGUAGGGGCCAGCAGUUGAUGAAGGCAAGGAAUGCGGGCGAGGCCAAGUGGGCAAAGAAGCAAGGAAGGAAUUUCCAGGACCAAUCGAAGAGGGAGCAGUUCAAGACCAAGGUUGGGUACAUCCACAACAGCCAAAAACAUUUCCGAGAUCCUCUUUUGCAAUAAUUUUCUUCUUCAUAUUCAUUUCAAAAUAUAUAUACAAUCAGAUGCUUCAAAAGGUGGGCGAAAUAUUAAGGGGACAAGUAUUGGCAAGACAUCAUGUAGACUAUGCAUGUACAAGCUUUUAUCAGAUUUGUAACUAGCGUCGUCUUUUGCAUAUAUGGUCUACAAAUAGGGUGUCUAGGGAAAGGCCGAACUAACGUGUUCAGUUUACAAGCUGGCACGACUGAUAAGAGAAUGAGCGGAUCGGCAAUUUGUUGAGAAUAAGAAGACCGAAGAGCCGAAAUUACAAUACCCCCAGCAUGC